AGGUCAACCCGACGUCUUCCUCACCUCCACGGAAAUCGCGACGGCACAACACCCGGCCGUCCAGCUCUUCGGAGGAAACUCGGCCAAGAAGGAAGAGCCGUCCACGGGUCGUAUCGGUGGUAACGAUACCUCCAGCUGAGCACGUGGUCAUCCGCCACCGCAAGGAUCAUAGGCGUCCUCCGCAUCCGCAGGAACAGCCGCUCCAGGAAGAGCUAAUAAUUCCGACCACGCCGCCACGGGCGAUAACUCCUGAUUACCCGCUCGCGGAACUACCUCCGCUAAUCCGAGACGAACAACCCGUUUCGCCAACUACAGCGGCGACUCCUCCAGCCGGAACUGACCACCACGAGACUGCCGUAACGUGGGAAUUACAACGCCUAACACUUCAGCCACCACGGUUCAGUCGACCACGGCAUCCACCUCUCGAACUUCUGGACCCGCAGAGUUCACGUCCAAUAUCGCCACGGUCCAACAUCGUCACAGCGGACAAGUGGACACAGACUAGCUCCUACGCCACAGCACGGAGGCAGAAACAGCAGGGCCAACCAAAACCACGAGCUCCGCUUACUGAAACCAAGCAGCUCUUGUAA